AUGUCUUCCAUAUUCCAAAAACGACUCAAAAAGCUAAACAUAACUAAAACAAAGAGCCCUUCUUGCAAAGAACUCUUUCGAUUCACCACAAAAGAACACUACACUUGUCUACUAGCAGCCCUCCUUACAUCAUGCCUCGUCGCAGCCUUCAAGACUGGCCUCGCCAUUGCCCUGGGCAGAGUCUUUGACAUAAUCGCCGAUUUUGCUGCCCAAAAAAUGGAUCCCAAUCAAACCCUUAGCUCUGUCUCACGAUGGUGCAUCAUUCUUGUGCUGCUCGGCGUUGGCGUCUGUCUCGCUAACACGGCGUUCCUCUGCCUCUGGUUCGCUUUUGGAGAACUACAAGCGGCCAAUUCGCGAAAAAUGACUUUUUCAACGCUUUUAAGCUUUGAGAAUUCUUGGUUUGAUGUGCUUCCACACGGAACAGCAAGCCUACUAGUUGGAAUACAGACACGAAUUCGAGAGCUACAGCUCGCUACAUCACAAGUCAUGGGACUGCUAGUGACAGACAUUCUGACUUCGCUAGGGUCGCUCGCUAUAGCCUUUUACUCUUCGUGGAAACUUACUCUUGUUCUCCUCUCGACGAUCCCAGUUUGUUUGCUUGUACUGUCUUACCUCGGGAGCAAGCUAGAGCCGGCUAUUGCGCAACAGAAAUCGGAGUUACAAGUCGCUUCUAAACUUGCAGCAGCUUCCAUUUCGGCAGUGGACCAAGUCAAAGUAUACAAUGGCUAUGCUCAUGAGCUGAAACAGUACAAAAUUGCCAUCCAACGAGCAGGGAAGCAGUUCUUUAUCCAAGCGGCAUGCAACGCGCUGCAAAUGGGAUGGACCAACUUUUGGGUUGUCAGCCUGUUUGUACUUGGAUUCUGGUAUGGACUCGUCUUGGUACAGCAAGGUCUCUCCCCAGGAGUUGUGCUAACUACGUUCUAUGCGGUGCUCACCGCACUCCAAGGCCUAGAGAGUCUUCUUCCACAGUGGCUUGUAUUUUCCAAGGGAAUAUCGGCUGCGUCGAAUCUGUACAAAAUACAAAGGGACGCUAAGAAUAUUCAAAAAUCCAAGCAGCCAUUUAAGCUCUUCAAGCCAGAAUACUUUGCUGGCGAUGUCGAACUUCGUAAUGUCCAGUUUUCCUAUAAGGGACAUACAGAAACCCCCGCUUUGAAAGAGGCCAGUCUUCUCUUCCCUGCCGGUCAAACUACUUUCAUCAUUGGACAAAGUGGUUCUGGCAAGAGUACCGUCGGGCAGCUCGUGGCGGGCAUCUACGCUCCUAUGGGCGGAGCACUAUACUUUGACGGACACGCAUCUGAGCUGAUUGAUAGGGAUUGGAUUCGCCAGAAUGUGAUUCUUGUUGAACAAUCAAGUCACAUCUUUGAUGACACGAUUGUGGCCAAUCUCAUGCUAGGUAUGCGCGAAGGUCAGCAAGGCGUAGCUGAAGAGAUGUCGAAACUGCUAAGCCAGUUAGAUGUUGUCGACAUUCUUGGUGAAGUAGGAGCUCGAAUCAACGAUAACAAUGGAACCCAAAAUCAACUGAGCGGUGGACAAAAGCAACGAGUGGCUCUUGCUAGAGCAAGAAUACGCGAUCCUCAGGUACUUAUCCUUGACGAAGCUACGUCUGCGCUAGACGUGGCGAACCGACAGAUUGUUAUGGAGGCAAUUCGAAGCUGGAGAAAGGACAAAACCACCGUCAUCAUCACUCAUGACAUGUCGCAGAUCCGACAAGAAGAGUAUGUCUAUGUCAUGGAUAGUGGGAGCGUCAAACAAAGCGGCUUCAAACGUGACAUCAGUCCGCCAGCGAACAAGCCCUCUAGACUUCUCACGAAGCCUAUACCGCUAUAUCCGUAUCAACAAUUCCUUACAGCUAUUCCGACUACGCUAGCCAAUACCUAUUUUGAUGCUCCGGUUUCCAACUUUCCCAAGAGAACCUCCUCCAUUCGCCGAUUUGGUCUCCCACAGCUGGAUGGCCCCUUGUCUCCAAGAAAUUCGUUGCUGCUACCCCGUCACCGAAACUCCAUCAUAUCAACAACUAGAGCAUAUCCCCCUCGAAAUCAAAGCCGAUCUCGCGAAUCAAGAAUCCCAAUACACGAUCCUCUACCACAAGUCAACCACAACGUUUCUUUCACACAAGACGAGCCACCUUCGCCAGAGCUACCCUCCCCGUACGGCCAACAGAAUCGCCCCUCUUCGGUAGCACGCAACUUACCUCUCAUAACAUCCUUUCAAGAAGAACCCAUACUGGAGAAAGUCGACGAGGCCAUAUCACCCACAUCUACCGCUGCACCACUGUUUACCAGCACAACACUAGAGACUCUCCCCAAGAGCUCUCUCUACAAAACGCUAUCUACGGUAUGGCCAAACUUGGGGAUCAAAGAACGUAUCUACCUCAUAGCCGGCACAACAUCAUGCAUCAUAUCAGCGGUCACCACACCAGCUUUUGCAUACUGCUUCGCUCAACUGCUCUCAGCAAUGUGGUCCUCCCCAUCUGUCAACAGCCAACACUGGGCAUUGAUUCUGCUUGGAAUAGCUCUUGCCGAUGGCCUGUCAAGUAUUGCAGGCCGGUUGUUCUUUGAAAUGGUUGCCCAGAGUUGGGUAGAUACGCUCCGUCUCCGCGCUCUGGACUGUAUUCUGCACCAAGACAUGGCCUGGCACGAGCGUGACGAAAACAACGUCAACAGAAUCUGCGAAUCUCUCGACAGAAACUCCGAGGAAAUGCGCAACAUUGUCGGUCGCUUCCUACCCAUUGUGAUCACAGCUACUGUCAUGGUUCUUGUCUCUCUCUUCUGGGCCCUCGCUACAAACUGGCGCUUGUCACUGGUCACCCUCGCUCCUCUGCCCAUUAUAGUAUGUGCCGUAAAGGUGUAUGCACAUAUCAAUGAGAAGUAUGAAGAAAAGUGUAAUACAGCUGCACAGAUAGCCAGCUCCAUUAUGAGCGAGGUCUUUGAACGCGUCAAGACCGUUCGCAUCUAUACACUCGAGCGACACUUUGGUGAUAAGCACACCAAAGCUGUGGAUGCCGCAUUCCGUCUCGGUAUCCAACGGAGCAUGUACUCAUGUCUGCCCUUUGGUAUCUACCAGUCAUUUAGUUUCGGACUCAUUGCACUAGCCUUUUACUAUGGCACUCGCCUACUGACACAUGACACUUCGAUGUCGCCAACAUCCAUGCUCCAAGUCAUGAACCUCUUGUUGUUCAGCAUCGGCGCAGCCACAGAUUUGCUUAGCAACGUGCCCCAACUUACCAUGGCACAAGUAACUGCAGCUCAGAUGCUCGAGUAUGUCAAUCUCUCACUGGACGCGAAGACAGGUCCUGCCAUGGCGCCCAUAUGGACAAUUGGACCGCUUCCUGUGCGCAUGACAAACUUACAGUUCUCAUAUCCAAGCCAGCCUGAUGAGCUAGUAUUACACAAGAUAUGUCUUGAUAUACAGCCCGGUCAGUGCAUUGCAUUCGUAGGUCCAUCUGGAAGCGGCAAGUCGACUCUGCUGUCCCUUAUGCUUGGUCUGCAGAAGCCAAUGGCGUCUCCGUCGCACAUCAAUCCGCUUUCAUUUGCAGGGGUGCCCCAUGAAGCAAUCAAUUUACAUCGCCUACGAUCUACAAUGGGCUAUGUUCCUCAAACAUCGUUUUUAUUUCCGGCAUCUGUCGCCGCCAACAUCUCCUACGGCAUGCCAGAUGCCUCGCUCUCAAGCAUCAUGGGAGCGGCCCGUGAAGCAGGUAUCCACGAGUUCAUUGAGUCGCUUCCUGAAGGAUACAAUACCAUCUUGGGAGAUGGUGGCCGUUCUCUCUCCGGCGGCCAAGCCCAAAGAAUCUGUAUUGCACGUGCGCUUGUUCGCCAGCCAGAGCUUCUUCUUCUUGAUGAGCCGACAAGUGCGCUGGACGGAGAGAGCGCAGAGGUUAUACGACGAACUAUACAUUCCUUAAUGAGAACAAGGAGAGACACGGCCAUUGUGGUGGCCACUCAUUCUACGGAUAUGAUGCGAGCUGCGGGAUCACUUGUUGUUUUGUCGUCGGGCGAGAUUGUCGCUCGUGGUGGCUUUGAUGAAUUACUACGGAGUUCGAGUGUUUUCAGACGUUUAGUUCACCAGGUGCAGCCCGUUUCUUAA